AUGCCUACCCACGGCCCUCCGGCCGUUCCCUCGCGAAACGCCCUUCGAACGCUUCGGAGGCUGGCCCUCGCCGGCUCAACUGUGGGAAGCUGCUGUACGGUUGCUGCUAUCACGUAUGAUGUCCAUCGGCGGGUUGGUGUUGCGGAACGCAUUGUCGAGAAUAAGAGGGCCCUCCAAUCCUCAGCCCCCAGAUAUGAUGCGACAUCGGCAGCUAGGAGGCUCUCUCGUAUGAUGGAAGCAGCAGAAGCAGGCGAAUUUAUGGGUCUUGAGGCCUGGAAGGAGGAGGAGAGAAAGUUCAGAAAAUCGCAAAUUCUCGGGUCGGGUUGUGCUCGCGAGGAAAAGUCGCCCGAUUUCUCAGUUGACAGUAUCAAGUCAGCAAACUCAUUUGACGACAAUACUACUACUACGAUGUCGAAUGCAGCUGGAACUUCCAGAGCGGACCUCGAACCGAAUCAAAGCUCAUUAAACCCGGGAAACAAAGCCAACUUUCCUCCUUCCCGGCCGCCUGAGCCGCCCCUAAAAUCUAUAAACAUCAGCCAAGAACCAGAAUUAAAGCCAUAUGUUGAGACGGUGGAGGGCGAUCUUGGAAAUUCCGCUAAGGAGCAAAAGACGCUUACUGAAAACAUGGAGGAGCUUUUUGAGCGUGGUGAUUACAUCAACGCCGCUCAAAUAUUCUUGGAUGCGCAUCCGGCCUCGCUCAAAGGCAUAUCAUCUGAGCGGAGGGAGCUUGCUACCCAAGCCUUCUUCUUAAACUGCCGACAGGAUAACGUUUUUAUCGCGAGAAGCGUCUUUGAGCGUUUGGAAGAAGUGGACCGAAUAUCACCGACGAUGUGGAGAAUCUUGAUUGUUACGCUGGCAAAGAAGGGCUGCAUAGAAUCAGCCGCGACUAUCUACAUGCGGUAUAGGGAAAAGUUCUCUAUCCCUGGGGUCUUGUUAGACGUUGUUCUUCGCUGCUUGGUUGAAUCACGUAGACUGACAAGCGCCAAAUGGGUUCUGCUGCGAAACCUAUCCAAGGACAGAGAUUGUGGACUAUGCGGCGCAUAUCUCAGCGGCCUGUGGAAAAAGACACGAAGCAUUGAGCUACUGAACGGCCAAUUCACAAAAUUGUUGAUGGUGCUGCGGCGUUUGGAUAAAGCGCCUACCGAAAAGCUCGUCAACCCGUUGCUCAAGGCCUAUGUGGAAUUUGGUCGAUUCUCGGAUGCUGAAGCUCUUGUACACCAGAUGACAACCACUUACCGUGUACCACUAACUUGUCGGAUGAAAGGUCUUCUGGUUUACGGCAAAGCUUUACAAUGUGAUUGGGCAGCCGUGGAUGAUGGUCUCCAGGAAAUGCAAAAUCUCGGUCUGACGAACAAGAAGCGAGAUUUCGUCUAUAUCUUUGACCGCAUAUUCCUGGAGUAUUGGCCAUCACAUACAUGCGUUGAGAUUCAGGACUUCCUUUACCGAUACAUUGAUAAGUUUGACAUCAAUGCUGAUCGGGUUUUCUUCCAACACAUAAUGGAGGCAAUCGUCGAAAAGGGCGAUGAAGCCAUGGUUUCUGAAUUUACAAGCAUGGCGCGCCAACGUGGGUGGAAAGUCAAGGUUGACGAGAAGGCAUUCAUCGAGCUGUUACGCAACCGUCGAUCAGCGCUCGAAGAUUCACCCGUUGGCUUCUGGCAGAUGCUGCGUGUUGCUCGAGAAGAAAAUAUGCGGGCCACUGCCUCGCAGCAGCUUCUGGGCCAGGACCGUCGAUCAUUUUUACCGGUGACCAACAAUUUGAACGCACAAUUUCCUGACGCAUGGUAUAAGCGCACGGUGGACGAAGUAACAAAACCUUCGAGACCCGUCGAUCAGUUCCAGAAAUUACACCAUCAAAUGAUUUAUUACAUGCACAUGGGGAAAAUGGCUGAAGCCUUGCAGUGUUUCCAGGGCGCGAGAUAUGCCGGAUUCCACUUCAAGCCGCUCGAGGUUGAACUUGCGGUGAUUGCUACGCUACUUGAGCACGGACCGAGCGCCGCGCAAACUUUGUUGGAAGGCCCAUGGACAAAGUCGCUGCCCAUCUUCUACCGACAGAUAAAAGAUUUGAACCCCUCAGCAGAGGACGAAGUCGUUAAGUUGGCUGUGUUCCGCUUCUACAAGAUCUGCUGGCUCACCAGAAGAAUGGUAAUAAAACAUAAUAUUACCGCCUCCACAAGCCGACGUUUGAUUGCAUCAAAUAAACCUGAGCUGGCAGUUGAUCUACUUGUGGCAGUGUAUACGUCAAAAUAUGGACGUUUGAAGGAGUUUGAUGCUGUUUGCAUUAAGAUGUUCCUCCGUGCGUUUACUGCGAUCAACAAUUAUGCGGGGAUGCGGUGGUGCAUUCUAACCGCUAUUUCCCGAGGUAGCGCUCUCAGCCGAGAUCUUGCCGUCGAGGUUGACAGAGUUUUGGGAAUCGUCCGCCGCGAGGAUACGAUGUCAGAGAAGCAGAUCCAAUUGCGUUAUCUGGAUUUCGCAGCCUCCGUCCUUCAUGGAAAGUGCAAUGGCGACCCCAAAUACUCAGAGCUAAGGGGCAAUGCUGAAUUAAAGAAAUCAUUCCGGCGAAGGCUGAAGGGAUAUGGAAACAAAUACGACAUGUGGCGUGGCCAGGCGAAGUUGUUCAAGCAGGCGAUCGAGGAGUGGGACGAAGAGUACGAGCUCGAGAAGGUGCUGCGCCGCAUCGACAACGACGAGUCCUCCAUUCUCUCUCAAUGGGACGAGGCUGCUUGCGUUGAACUGGAGAGCGCUCUGCGACCCGAAUAUGCGCAGCGCGCCUCCGUUGCUCUUGUCGAUCAUCCCUUCUGCGCCGAGUCUCUGAAUUUCUCUCCCGCCACCACGAUGGCCACAACCCUCGCCCACGGCCAUGUCACCGGUCAGGACCUCAAGUCCUCGGACGCUGCCGAGCACCGCAGACGAGUUCACCAUGACGCCGACGUCGUUAUAAUAGGAGCUGGAAUUUUGGGAUGUGCAUUGGCUGUGGCUUUGGGGGGCCAAGGCCGGAGUGUCCUCUUGCUUGAGCAGUCGCUCAAGGAGCCCGACCGCAUUGUCGGCGAACUCUUACAACCCGGAGGUGUCACGGCCCUGGAGCAACUGGGUCUGCGGGAAUGCCUGGAGGGAAUUGAGGGGAUUCCGACUGAAGGAUACUAUGUUACCUACGGGGGAAAACCUGUCAAAAUUCCGUACCCCAUUCAAAGUCCUGGGACUCCGCGACCAGAAGGCAAAUCAUUCCACCAUGGACGGUUCGUCAUGAAGCUACGCGAGGCCGCCAGGGCUUGCCCCAAUGUCACGAUUGUCGAGACCAAGGUUACGGACCUGGUCACUAGCUCGCAUACCAAGCAGGUUCUUGGGGUAGAGUGCGUGACCAAGGAGACCAAGGAUUGCUACUUCGGUCAAGUAACCGUCGUUGCGGACGGCUACGCCUCCAAGUUUCGGAAACAACACCAUCCUUAUACUCCCAAGGUCCGGUCGAAGUUCUGGGGACUGGAGCUCAUUGAUGCGGAACUGCCUCAACCACACUAUGGUCAUGUCCUUCUAAAUACUGAUAGCCCGCCCGUCCUCGUCUACCAGAUCGGAACACGCGAGACCAGAAUACUUUGCGACAUCCCCGAAAGCCUACCCUCGGCCUCUGUCAAGAAUGGAGGUGUCAAGGGUCAUCUCCGAAACGUUGUCCUGCCGUCUCUCCCUAAAUGCAUCCAGCCUUCGUUCGCCGCUGCGUUAGACAAGGGUCAACUGCGGUCCAUGCCAAAUUCAUUCUUGCCGAGUGCCACAAACAAAACGCCAGGAUUAAUAGUACUAGGAGAUGCUCUCAACAUGCGACAUCCGCUUACAGGAGGUGGUAUGACAGUAGCGCUAAACGACGUCGUCAUACUCCGUGAACUGCUGAGCCCGAUGAACGUCCCCAAGCUAAGCGACACCGCACUUGUCCUCAAACAACUUUCUGCUUUCCACUGGAGACGCAAGAUGGGCGCAUCAGUCAUCAACAUCCUAGCUCAAGCUCUAUACUCUCUUUUCGCUGCGGAUGACGACAACCUAAAAGCCCUACAGCGCGGAUGCUUCCAAUAUUUCGACAUGGGAAUGUACAACCAGCCCGCCAGCCUCCUUGGGGGGAUUCUCAAGAAACCACAAGUCCUCUUCGCCCACUUCUUCGCCGUCGCUUUCGUCUCCCUCUGGUUAAUCCUCCGCGACUCCCCGCUAUACAAGCUGCCCUUGGCAUUGAUCCGAUGCGUGACCGUCUUCUGGACAGCAUGCGUCGUCAUCUUCCCUUACAUGUUAAUAGAAGCCUUCUGCUAG